AUGGCAUGGACGGCAAAUGAAGGCCGCGGAAAAGGGCACAGGCCCUUCCGGGAGAGCAGCUCCUGGGAGACGGAUUGGUCUUGGGAUCAUUGGUCCUGGUCGUCCUGGUGGUCCUGGACGGCAGAGCCGAGCCAGUCCAGUCGAGCAGCGAAGGGCGGGACGCGGCGGCCCUCGGCCGUGGCUGUGUACUUCGGGACCUUCGACCCGAUCCACGAGAACCACAUCGGUCUCGCCAAGUUUGCGCUGGAGAAAGGUCUCGCGCAGCUUGUCUACUUCGUGGUGAACGGUGACAACCCUCUCAAACCAUUGGCAGCCUCCUAUGAAGAGCGCCUCGCCCUUGUACAGCUGCGGCUGGAGGUGCAAAGUGACACCCGGAUCAGGUGCUUUCGCCUAACCCGGGAGGAGACUCAGAGAAUGCGCUGGUCAGACCGCGAGGAGAUGUGCAAGAAGAUCAGGACAGAAGCAGCAUCUGAACUCGGCGGGCACCUGCAAGCGUUGCAGAUGCUCGGCCAAGACUCUUUCGAGCAGGCCGUCAGCCGGAGUUCCAACGCCAAGGGGUCCCACAAGGGCCGCUCCAAGGGCAUUUUUUCCACAGGAACUCGAUUCCUUGUCUUCCCGCGUGGCCAUGGCGGCGACUAUGUACAGAUACCUCGCCACAUGAAAGACCGCGUGCAGAUUGCGAAGGACUAUGUUGAUCCAGUCCUCCUGUCUUCUACAGACGUUCGUGCCUUGGCAUCCACGACUGGAGGCCUAGAUGGCCGAAUCCACCCCGCGUUGCAGCAGCGCGUGGUGGAGAUCUACACGCGUCCGCGCCAGUUCUUCCUCCUCUUCCAGGGGCCGCCGGGAGCGGGCAAGACGACGCUGGGUAAGCGGUUAGAAGCCGAACUGGGCUUCUACCACCUGUCUGGCGGAGAGGCGUACCGCGCGGCAAAGGCUCGGGCGUCUGUGAGCACGCGGGCCCAGGCCAACCAGCAGACAGUCGCCAAAGUGUUCGCUGCCUUGGCGUUGGCGGCGGCGCGGCUGAAGCCAGCUCCGGUCUCCUUCGACGGCUUUCUUCCCAAGGACUUGCCGGACUUUGAGGAGAAGGUCGGACAGAUCGGGCUCAUCGUCAACCUCCGGUGCUCGGAGGAGGUGCUUUGGCAGCGGCUCGGUGAGCGAGGGCCCAGGGCCCAUGAUGUGCAGCUCGAGGGUGACAAGCGCCUCGCGUCAUUUGCUCAGCACUCCGCCGGAUACGAUGCAGCACUUGGUGCCCGGGAAGAUGCGGAGGGCGUCGUUCGGGAGUUGGCUGCGGACGCGCCGCUGGACGAGGUCUUCGAAGGAUUGAAGGCCCUGGUGCGCGAGGCUGCGGAGACGCACAACCUACACCUUCCCGAGGCCGGACAGCCAGGCAGCGGCAUGCUGAUCGACGAUGGCUUUUGGAGUCGGAUCUUCCAGGAGAUCGAGGCAUCACCCGCACAGAGCUACAACCUUCGGCGCAACGCUGCCUCGAUGCGGGCACGGCAGGGCUCAAGGAGCUUGAAGAACCUCAACAACCUGGUGAAGGAUGUGCUCAUCCAUUGGGCUGUGCGUGAGGUGGCGAGCUUCCUCCCUGCGGGUCCGAGCUGUGUGGUCUCAGCGCUGGACGUUGCCAGUGGCCGUGGUGGCGAUCAGCUCAAGUUCGUGAAGGCGGCCGAGGUCUGUGGCUGCAGGAUUUGCUACACGGCCAUUGACAUUGCGAAGGACGUGGCCGGACCCGGACCCGGACUCGGACACGGAUCGGACCCGGACACGGACCUGGACACUCUUACCAUCAGAAGUUGCACAGUGACGCGCAAGUUUUGUCUGCAAAGGCUGUCGAUUUAUUGA